AUGUUUGAUAAAGCUAUUAUUCAAGAUAAAUCCAAAGAGCUGUUAGCUGUGGAAAGUCUUACUUUAGAAGCCGACGCAUUAGCCAUUAUCCGUCUAUGUAAAGAUAUCCUCACAAUAACACGCGGAUUAAAGGAAACAUGGUGUUUGGGCACCAUGAAAGUUCAACAAAAAGACACCCUGGAGGCUUCUCCAGAAGAAGUUCAACAAGUGUUUACGAAGUUCAAUGCCUUGCUCGAUCGUAUUGCUGUACUUGAAAAACGCCAAGCCAUCCAAGUGGCAUAA